CUCAGUUGUGUCCUGUCUCCUCACAGUGGAUGAUGUGCUGUUUUGCGGAUAUAAUAGACAAGAGUGGCCACAACUAAUGCAAUCUAAUCAUGGGAAAGAACUCAUCCUAAACGCUAAAUGGAUUUCAGAGUGUUAGAUCAGGUCAGCAAGGACGCGUAAUUAUUUUGGGCACCAUGCGUAAAAACGUGGAAUUGUUUGGAUAAUACACAAAAACAAACCGGACAGAUUUUUUUUUUUUACUACCGUGAGUUAAUUUCUUAAGGAUAGACAUCUGUAGGAAGCAUUAUGAACUGGCACUAUAGUGCCGCUCCCUGAUUCAGCACCGGGUGAUGAUGGAUAGCUCAGCGACUUAGUGCGCGGACAGACUUGCUGGAGCGCGGACACAAAAGGUCCAAGAGCAGGGCUGGAGUGAGGAGAGGUGACACGUCUAUCGAUGUUGAGCUUUAGUAAACUUAUUCAGCCAGUUUAUCGUCCUACUCACCGCCCGCGCACAGCUUUAACAGUAACAGUAGUGGUGAAGUUGUCCUGAUAUGCCUCCCAGCUGCGAAGAUGACAGAUUUGGCUCACACAUCACGGUUUCAAGAUAACGUUUUGACAGUGGACGGAAACACCUCCACCAGCUCCGUGCUCUCCGGUGAAGUUGGACUUGUUACAAGCAGAGUACAAAAUGGGACAAAACCACCUGUUCUCUGCGAGGACGGCUGUCCUCUGCUCGCUGCUCUUGUGUCAGUCAGUUCUUUGUGACGAGAAGACCCACUCACACGCCGAGGAUGAUCUCUUCAAGACGCUCUUUGCUGGUUACAACAAGUGGUCGAGACCUGUGCCAAACAUCUCUGAUGUGGUCAUUGUCAAGUUUGGACUGUCCAUAGCGCAGCUCAUUGACGUGGAUGAGAAGAACCAAAUGAUGACAACGAAUGUGUGGCUUAAACAGGAGUGGAAUGAUUACAAACUUCGCUGGAGACCGUCUGACUAUGACAAUGUGACGUCCAUAAGGGUGCCAUCAGAGCUCAUCUGGGUACCAGACAUCGUCCUCUACAACAAUGCUGACGGUGAGUUUGCUGUGACCCACAUGACGAAAGCUCACCUGUUCUACAAUGGUAAAGUUCGCUGGGUCCCUCCUGCCAUUUACAAGAGCUCCUGCAGCAUCGACGUCACUUUCUUCCCCUUUGAUCAACAGAACUGCAAAAUGAAAUUUGGCUCCUGGACGUAUGACAAGGCCAAGAUUGACCUGGAGCGUAUUGAAAACACUGUGGACCUGAACAACUAUUGGGAGAGUGGUGAAUGGGCCAUCAUCAACGCUGUGGGGACAUACAAUACAAAGAAAUACGACUGCUGCCAUGAGAUCUACCCAGACAUCACCUACUUCUUCAUCAUUCGAAGGCUUCCCUUGUUUUACACCAUCAACCUCAUAAUCCCCUGUUUGCUCAUCUCUUGUCUCACUGUUUUGGUUUUCUAUCUCCCCUCAGACUGUGGUGAGAAGAUCACCCUGUGCAUUUCAGUGCUGCUGUCCCUCACUGUUUUCCUUCUCCUCAUCACAGAGAUCAUACCAUCCACAUCCCUUGUUAUCCCACUCAUCGGUGAGUACCUCCUCUUCACCAUGAUUUUCGUCACCCUCUCCAUCGUCAUCACCGUCUUUGUGCUCAACGUGCACCAUCGCUCUCCCAGCACUCACAAGAUGCCCCGUUGGGUCCACUCCGUGUUCCUGGACCUGAUCCCACGCUGGUUGUUCAUGCGACGGCCCGCUCCAGAUGGUCGGCGUCGAAGGCUGGUGCUCCUCCAGCAGGAAGCUGUGGCGGAGCAGCGGCAGGGCAGGAUAGCCGGGUACAAAUCUGGCAACUGCCUCAGCACCUCGGCUAACUGGUUAAGAGAUGGCACCAUGUCAGAAGAUCCUGAGAGAAGCAGUUACGAGGAUUUAGAGCUGGGAACUCUGACCUCAUAUUUCUCCUUCCGUCCACCUUCACCCAGACCUCCAGGGACGACUCCUCCACCUCAACAGAAAAACGUACAAAACAGCCAGAACCGACAGGAGGCAAACAGACAGUUAACAGGGGUCAGAAUCAACGCCACUCAGAGGCCAACUAAAGUUGAUAAUACAGUAUCAGACUCAACAUUCCUGCUUUCACCAAGUGUUAUACGUGCUCUGGAAGGAGUGCACUACAUUGCAGACCAUCUGAGGGCUGAAGAUGCUGACUUCAGUGUAAAAGAGGAUUGGAAGUAUGUCGCCAUGGUGAUUGACCGCAUCUUCCUGUGGAUGUUCAUUAUAGUGUGCCUGCUUGGGACCAUUGGCCUCUUCCUACCCCCUUGGCUAGCUGGCAUGAUCUAGCUCUUGUGAGAAAGUGUGAAGAGAAAGAAAAUCCAUAAUUGUGACUAGUUAGUGAAGUUUGACAUUCAAAAUGUAGCUGAAGUCAAGACUGGGAAUGUGACUCAAGUUUGUGCAACACACCAUGUUAGCCUCAUGAGGCUAUAAAGCUCUUUACAGACCACCAAACCAAAAUUUUGCUAUUUCUCCUUAUAACUAGUGGGGCAAAAAUCAAAAGGGUUUAUCCUCUCAACAGUUAUAUCUCAGAUAUCUCAGACUAAGCUUGUCAGGCUCAGCUGUUUUGACUUGGCUCAACUUUCAUCUGUCUUAGGCUGCACAGCUCAGGUGUACUUCCUCAACCUCACCUGUAAUGUUACUUGGUUGUUUUUAACCUGGAUGCUAACAUUAGCACGUAAACAUGCUCAGAAUCGGCAGUCGUUACUUAUCUAUUGGACGUCAUCAUGCUAAUCUUUAGCACAGAAGAUCUGGCAUGUUAGCAUGCUAAUGUUAGCAUGCUAACAUACUAUGUUAAAUUAUAUUGUCUGUUUAGCAUGUUGGUUAGCGUGACAUGCUAGUCAAAAAAGCAUGGUGCCAGCAUCAGUGUUGGGUAAAGUGUUACAGUAAUGUGAUUGCUUUUUUUUCUGUAGUUUGAAGAGUUGUAAUUUAAAAUUAAG